GCGAGAGAGCGCGCGCGAGCAGCCAGCGCACACGCCUCCUUUCCUUCUGCUUCCCUUUGCCUCCCUCAGCUUCCCUCUGCUUCCCCCGCUUCCUUCUUCCCGCCGUGGCGGCGCGCUCCCGCCCGCACGCCCCUUGUCUUUGCCUCUCGGCGGCGGCGCGGACAGAGACAAGACAGAGGCGGGUUUGCUGCGGGUCUCGCUGCACAUAGGAGAAACUUGUCAAUUUCAAAAUGUCAUCAGUCAAACGCUUGGUUUAUGCAUUCAUCCAUUUCUUGAGAGAGCAGAGUCAGAUGGACACUUUCACAUCAGAUGAACAAGAAAGCCUGGAAGUUGCAAUUCAGUGUCUGGAGACGGUGUUUAAGAUUAACCUGGAAGAUACUCACCUUGCACCUCCACAACAUUUGAUAGAAAUGUUCACAAAUUCUUUUCACAAGAAUGACAUGCUGCCUCUCUCAGAUUCUUUACCAGAGGAUGUUGAAAAGGCUGACCAUCUGAAGGAUGAAGGUAAUAAUCAUAUGAAAGAAGAAAAUUAUGAUGCUGCAGUGGAAUGUUAUAGUAGGGCUAUAGAACUGGAUCCGAACAAUGCAGUCUAUUACUGCAACAGGGCUGCUGCUCAAAGUAAGCUCAACAACUACCAUGAAGCAAUAAAGGACUGUGAGAGAGCCAUAGCAAUAGAUCCAAAGUACAGCAAAGCAUAUGGAAGAAUGGGGUUGGCUCUGACCUCAGUGAAUAAAUACGAAGAAGCAGUUACCAGUUACCAAAAAGCACUGGAUCUUGAUCCAGAGAAUGACUCUUAUAAAUCAAAUUUGAAAAUAGCAGAACAGAAACUAAGAGACAUGUCCAGUCCGACUGGAACUGGACUGAGUUUUGACAUGGCAAGCUUGAUAAAUAACCCUGCCUUCAUCAGUAUGGCAGCAAGCUUAAUGCAGAAUCCUCAAGUUCAACAAUUAAUGUCAGGGAUGAUGUCCAACGCCAUCGGUGGCCCUGCUGCGGGUGUUGGUGGCCUGUCGGAUUUGUCCAGCCUGAUCCAUGCGGGGCAGCAGUUUGCGCAACAGAUACAGCAGCAGAACCCAGAGCUCAUAGAGCAACUGAGAAAUCAUGUUCGGAGCAGAUCUUUCAGUGGCAGCACUGAAGAGCAUUCCUGACUUACAGGAGGCCCAUGAAUUGGAAUGGUAAAUAACCCCCAAACACAUACCAUAGUUAGUAGCAAAAGCACCAUUGUAACUCUUCUGCUUGAAUAGAAGACAGAAAAUUCUUUGUGUGUGUUUGCAAACAAGAAUAAAUCUGUUAAACAGAUCUAUUGCACAUAACUUGGAACAUAUCAUUUAUGUAUAGUUACUCCUCUGAAAAAUAAUACACUAAAAUAGGUGGUUUAUUAAAAUCCCUAACUACAGGUUGUUUUCAGUAUGUGCAGUAGAUUGAUCUCCAGGGCUACUGAGUGGGGAGGAGUUCUGUAGUGCACUGUUUUGCAUAACAGCUAAGUUCUAAAGUCCUAAUGUAAAAAAGGCACCUUAUUCCUAUGGUGAAAAUCAUUACAGCUGUACUCUGUCAUAUGUUGAAACAGGAGACCCAUCUGAUGUGCCCUUUUAUAAUGAGCAUAAAUCAGUAUUGGAGAAGAGAAUGUACCUAAAACUAGCACUUGAAAAGUUCUUUUAAGACUUGGAAGGGCUGUCGUGAAUUAUGUUAAAUAUUUUUUAGCUUUGUUGGGCAGGAGAGAGGGGGAUGAUUGCAUAUGAAGGAGUACCACAAGUGGUAGUGGAAGACAUUAAUCCCGAAUAGGAUAAUACACAGAAACAACAAUGGAACUUGGCUUGGGAAAGGAAAGAGUUUGAAGUUUUAUACCCUCAAAUCAUGAUGGUAGCCCUGGAGGUCAGCAUUAUGGCACUAUUUUCCUAGGCAUAGCAAACUGUACUACAUUCCGUAUGUAUGCAGUAUUUAACAUAAGCUUAACUCUAAUAAGCUAGAACUGAUCCUGUGACUGUACAAAUAACUAGAACAGAAAAUCCAUAAAAAAACAACUGCCUUAGAAAGGAUUCUCUUUCUAAUAUUGUGUGGUAAAAUAAUCGUCUUAAAAUAAUUAAGGAUUUUUGGUUUUGAAGUUUGACUCUUAUUAUUUCUGUUCCUGACCUGGCUUUGCCUGCUUGGUUAAUUUUACUCUUUCAGAGACCAUCAUUCUCCAGUAUUUUCAUGAUAUUAACUUUUUUUUUUUGUUCUGCAUACUGCUCACACUGCUUCCUGGUACAAGGUACAGUCGUUUGUACUCCAGUGAGGUUCUUGCUCACACCUUCACACUUUGUAUUAUCAGAAUGCAUCUGAGCAGCCUGCUUCAAUUCCUAGGACAAAGUGAUUUCUACUGGUCAGUUAGACUUGAGGAGGUAGUGGGGAAUUAACAAUAGACUCCCAUAGAGAUAAAUGCACAGGAACUCCAGAACCUCAGACUUCACAUCUGAUUCAUAGCAUGGCCAAAAAACAGCACAGGUAGAAGAAAAUGCAAAAUCUGGGGCUAAGUUGUAUGCUUGACUCUUACCAAAUGCUAGUUGUGCGUCUAUCAUGAGUUUUUCCCUACUAAAACGGAGGGCAAAAUGCAUCCGGACCCAAGGAGAAAUGAAAACAGCUGGAGAAAACACAGAAAUAGGAAAUCUGAAUUAUCAUUUCUUGAAUAAAGAGGUAAAGCUUAAUAGAGCAACUUAAACAACUUCAAGACAUUUCAUACUUUAUUCAGUAGAGCUUGCCUAUACAUACAGGAUUAAAAUGCUUCUUAAAAUUCUCCAUAUAAGUUGGUAUAGCUGCCUUUUUGAGGCUGUAGAGAUAUUUGAGCUUUACAUUAAAUACACUUCCAUAUAAUAGCUUCUGAAUUAACAUCUGAUGACAAAGAAGAAAAUCUCUGACAAGGACAUUUUUUCAGAGGUAGUUCAGAACCUGAACCUUGUCCAUCAAAAAAAACCUGCUAAAGUUCAGUUACAUUUAGUAGGAUACCAUUUACAAGAAAGAUGGAUGGAAGCUACAACUACUGUACAAAUACUGCACUUGGAGUAGUGUGUUGUGGGAGGAGGCAAACGUUGUUCCUAGCAUAUCGCCUCUUAAACUUCACAGUUCCUCUCAGUUCUCUCAUAUUUUCAGCUGCUCAAACUAACUUUGGUAAGGGGAACCAAUAAAUCCAGAGUGGGCUGGGUAGCACUGCACUCUGACACACAGUUUAUUCUUACUUUGUGACAGCAAUCUUCAUGUGGUCAGUUACCUUCCUACUUUAAGACAAGAGUGUCAAGAACCUCUUGAGAGUUCCUUAUGACGUACAAAAUAUGACAGAAUUUGAAGACUGGCUGCAGAAGUUGUGCUAUCAACUACAUGCCCUAUUGUCUUACUGCAUUUAUAGGAUAACUGUCCUCUGAGGUUCAGUGUAAUAAAGCGUAGCUUAGUUAUCCAGAAACUCCUCAAAGUGAUCUUUAUAGAGUGGUAAUUUCCGUGUACUACAAUGUUGUCAUGUUUAGGUCUUACUGCAGUAGAGGUAACAUGUAAUGGGAGUAUUUAUUAGAGCCCUGAUGGCAUUAGCUAACCCUUAGGAAUGUGCUACAACUGGCACAAUACUUGCAAACAUUCUUUGUUUCUUGUCUAUUAACAGAAAGGGCUUUAUAGCCUAGGGGAAAAAACGGUGAAACCAGUAACAGGAAGCUGUCAUUCCAUGCUUUCCCAUUGAAACCAGGAACAGAGGGAUCAUUUAUGCUAAAGUCUAAUUUUGCCUUGAAUAGGCUAGAUUGUUUCACAGUCGUGCAAUACGUCGUAAUCACAAAGUGAGGAAGGAAUCUUCUCCCGUGUAAUAACUGCACUUUAUUUUGCACUACUUUUCAUCCUGCUAUAUCAAGUAGUAAACCACAAUCUGCAAAGUUUAAAGCAUUAAUUGAAAACAUUAAGGUCAAUCACAGUUCAUCAUUCAACUGAGCAAACGUGAAUCUUAACAUCUCAUUGGUUUUGUAUCAUUAUUGUCUCAUCAGCAUAUAAGGGGGAUAAUUGUUAUAAAAGAAAAUGUUUUGCACUCAAAUUGUGAACUCCUGUAACCUGCUUGCAUGGAAGUAUAUGUUUCUAACUAAGCCUGAUCAUAAAGACACCUAAUGAAAUAUUCAGCCUAGAACUUGUUUCAGUUGCAUUUUGGUUUUGUAGCAAGUACGUAGUAAAAUCAUAUUCAUACAUACUGAGAAAGAACCAAGUCUGCAGCUUUGGAUUUGUAAUGUGCUUUCAGGGCUAUAGAAGGCCAUAAAUGCAACUUGUAUACCAUUUCUGUAUCGCUCCUACCUCUUGUUACUGUGUGGUUACAGCUUCUUCAACUUGUGUCAGUUUAACUUGAAAAUAGAUUAUAAAUAAAGUUAUUUACA